CGCUUCACGCCGGCCCAAGAUGGCGGCGGCGCUGGAGAGCCCGGCCAGCCGCUAACUACAAUAGAGGGAGGCGAAGGGGAGCGGGCGCCUCCCACCCCCAGUAGUGGCCCCCCCCCGCGGCCCGCACUCUCCGAGCGGUUUCUCUAGCAUGGUGCGGGGCCGCCGCCGCCUCCUCCCGCUGCCGACAUGGGCGAGAGGCUGGAGCUCAGGCUGAAGUCGCCCGUGGGAGCCGAGCCGGCCGUUUACCCCUGGCCGCUGCCCGUCUAUUUUCAUUUGGACACAAUAUAGAACAGUUUAUGCAACUACAAGUUCUCAAAGUGUUGAGGAAAAUCCAUCUCACCAUAUGCAGCUCCCACCCUUCUCCUCCAUGGCAACCCACUUAUGGAGAAGAUUGUCCUUUCAGGACAAACACCAUGAUGCUGCUCAUGAAAUCAUUGAGACAAUUCGGUGGGUCUGUGAAGAAAUCCCAGAUCUCAAGCUUGCCAUGGAAAAUUAUGUUUUAAUUGACUAUGAUACAAAAAGCUUUGAAAGCAUGCAGAGGCUUUGUGACAAAUACAACCGCGCCAUUGAUAGCAUUCAUCAGUUGUGGAAAGGAACCACCCAGCCCAUGAAACUGAACACUCGUCCCUCCAAUGGGCUCCUCCGUCACAUCUUGCAGCAAGUAUAUAACCACUCGGUGACCGACCCAGAGAAACUCAACAACUAUGAGCCCUUUUCCCCAGAGGUGUAUGGAGAGACUUCCUUUGAUUUAGUGGCCCAAAUGAUUGAUGAGAUUAAAAUGACUGAGGAUGACUUGUUUGUUGACUUGGGCAGUGGUGUGGGUCAGGUGGUGCUUCAAGUUGCUGCUGCCACAAACUGCAAACAUCACUAUGGUGUGGAGAAAGCUGAUAUUCCAGCCAAAUAUGCUGAGACGAUGGACAGAGAGUUCAGAAAGUGGAUGAAAUGGUAUGGGAAAAAACAUGCAGAAUACACACUGGAAAGAGGUGACUUCCUCUCAGAAGAAUGGAAAGAAAGAAUUGCAAACACAAGUGUUAUUUUUGUGAAUAAUUUUGCCUUUGGUCCUGAGGUGGAUCACCAACUGAAGGAGCGAUUUGCAAACAUGAAGGAAGGUGGCAGAAUCGUGUCCUCAAAGCCUUUUGCACCUCUAAACUUUAGAAUAAACAGUCGAAACUUGAGUGAUAUUGGCACUAUAAUGAGAGUUGUGGAGUUAUCACCACUGAAAGGGUCGGUUUCAUGGACCGGGAAACCAGUUUCUUACUACCUGCAUACUAUUGAUCGCACCAUACUUGAAAACUAUUUUUCUAGUCUCAAAAAUCCAAAACUCAGGGAGGAACAAGAGGCAGCUAGACGUCGUCAGCAAAGAGAAAACAAGAGCAACACAACUACUCCAACGAAGGUGCGAGAAAACAAGGAUUCUGGUGCUGAAGAAGAAAAAGUUGGGACAAAUACAGUUAAAAAGACAUCCCCCUCCAAAGCACGUAAGAAGAAGCUGAGUAAGAAAGGAAGGAAAAUGGCAGGGCGGAAGCGAGGGCGUCCCAAGAAAAUGAAUGCUGCAAAUACAGAGCGCAAGACCAAGAAGAACCAAACUGCACUAGAGCUUCUGCAUGCUCAAACUGUGUCUCAGACACCCUCAUCCUCUCCUCAGGAUGCAUACAAGUCACCUCAUAGUCCAUAUUACCAACUACCUCCUAAAGUGCAACGGCAUUCAUCUAACCAACUGUUGGUGACUCCUACCCCACCUGCACUACAGAAGCUGCUAGACUCUUUUAAGAUCCAAUACAUGCAGUUCAUGGCGUACAUGAAAACUCCUCAGUACAAAGCAAACCUACAACAGUUACUGGAGCAGGAAAAGGAAAAGAAUGCUCAGUUGCUGGGGACAGCACAACAAUUAUUCACCCACUGCCAGGCACAGAAAGAGGAAAUUAAACGGCUCUUUCAACAGAAACUCGAUGAGUUGGGAGUUAAAGCUCUGACAUAUAAUGACCUGAUUCAGGCUCAGAAGGAGAUCUCUGCUCACAACCAGCAGCUGAAGGAACAGACAAAGCAGCUGGAGAAAGAUAACAGUGAACUCAGGAACCAGAGCUUGCAGCUGCUUAAAGCACGAUGCGAAGAACUGAAGUUGGAUUGGUCAACGUUGUCGUUGGAGAGCUUACUGAAGGAAAAGCAGGCACUGAAGAAUCAGAUUUCUGAGAAACAAAAGCACUGUUUGGAAUUGCAGAUCAGCAUUGUGGAGCUUGAGAAAAGUCAAAGGCAGCAGGAGCUCAUGCAGCUGAAAUCGUAUAUGCCUCCUGAUGAGUCUCUGUCGGUACAGCUACGCAAUAAAAACCGUUUAAGCCGUGAGCCCGAGGCUGAUCACGGCAGAUUCCAACUUGAGCUUGAGUGCUCUAAAUUUCCUAUGCCCCACAUCAACGGCAUGAGCCCUGAACUGUCCAUGAAUGGUCAUGCUACUCCCUAUGAAAUCCAUAAUGCUCUUAGCAGGCCCUCUUCCAAGCAGAACACCCCUCAAUACAUGACCUCUCACCUGGACCAAGAAAUAAUUCCUUGCACCCCAAACCACAGCAGCAGACAGAAGGUGGACAAGACAGCAAGCUUGUCCUUACCUGAUUACACCAGGUUUUCCCCAGCUAAGAUAGCCCUAAGGAGACAUUUGAAUCAGGACCAUGCAGUCAAUGGAAAAGCAACAACUAAUGAGAUACACCAGAGAGCUGACCAUGUAAAAGAGAAUGGCCUUACAUAUCCAAGCCCUGGCAUUUCAAAUGGCAUAAAGCUGAGUCCUCAGGAAACUCGGCCCUCUUCCCCAGCGGCCUUACCGAUUGCAGGCGAGAAGGUUUUGCGAGAGAGGACUUCUGCGAGUAAUGGAGAAACUAUCACCAGCCUACCUAUCAGUAUUCCUCUCAGCACGGUGCAGCCCAAUAAACUCCCUGUUAGUAUCCCUCUGGCCAGCGUAGUCCUACCUAGCCGUGUUGAGAAGGUGAGAAGCACACCUAGUCCAGUUCAUCAGAAUCGAGACUCGUCGUCAACACUUGAAAAACAGUAUGGUGCUAGUUCUCAUAAUGGCGUAAGCAAUGCUGCUGGAAAUAAGCCACUGGCUUUGGCUACCUCAGGUUUUUCAUAUUCUUCUGGCUCCAUGGCAGUUAAUGGAACUCUUUCAAACAGCCCAGCCCACCUUAACCAUAGUGUUGAUCAGGCAGCUGUGGACGACUCCGGGAGUUUGUUUAACUCGGUAGGGUCUCGGAGCUCCACUCCACAAUACCCUUCUUUGCUAAUGAUGCAGUCACGGAAUUCUGGGCAGAAUUCCCCGGCUCACCAGCACUCAGCAAGCCCCAAGUUAAAUGGUGCCUCCCAGAGCAUGGUAGGGGUACUGCAGUAUGUGGAUGCUCAGAAGAUGUUUGCCGAAGGAACAAAGGGGGAACUUCAGCCUGAUGCCGCCUUUUCCGAUCCUGAGAACGAGGCCAAGAGAAGAAUCAUCUUCACAAUCUCUCCUAGUACAGGAAGUGUAAAACAGUCUCUGUCUAACAAGCACAGUCCCCUGACUGCAAGCAUUCGGAUGGACUGUGGCCAAGCAUACAUGCAGGAUGGGAAGAAACGAGGUCGAAGGAAGAGAUCCUCCCCAGGGAAUCUAAACAUGAACUCCGGGGUGUCCCCAAAACGCAAAUCCUUACCAACUGUGGCUGGACUCUUUACUCAGCCUUCAGGCUCACCGCUUAAUAUAAACUCAAUGGUCAAUAACAUUAAUCAGCCUUUAGAAAUAACAGCCAUUUCCUCCCCUGAAAACUCCCUGAAGAACUCUCCUGUUCCCUACCAGGACAAUGACCAGCCUCCAGUGCUGAAAAAAGAGAAGCCCCUGAUUCAGACCAACGGUGUUCAUUACUCACCACUGACUUCGGAUGAAGAACAGGGAUCGGAAGAUGAGCACAAUAGCACCAGAAUUGAGAGGAAAAUUGCAACGAUAUCAUUGGAAAGCAAAUCUCCACAGAAGACUAUUGAAAAUGGUGGCAGUUUAGCUGGGAGGAGACAAGCACAAACCAGUGAGAACAUGAAUAGCAGUAAAUGGAAGUCUACUUUUUCGCCAAUUUCUGACAUCAACCUGACCAAAACUACAGAUAGCCCAUUGCAGGCUGUUUCAUCUCUGAGCCAGAAUUCCCUGUUUGCCUUUAGGCCGUCCUCUGAGGAUGGCAUGGCCAUCGAUGCCAAAAUUGCAGCACACACACGGAAAAACAUCACCAUGUCCUCCUCUGGGAUGGACAGACUCAGCCCCAAUACAAACUCCGCUAAUGGAUCCAUGUAUAACGGUGGACUGACCACAGACAUCGGUUUACACAGCUUUAUUGAUGGUGCUUCUCUUCCUCAUAAGACUUCAGAUGUGACGACCCUCAACUCCUCUCUGGGUUUUCAGUCACAGAGGAGCAAAGAUGUGGGGAUUUUGGAGACAACCCCCUUUUUGAACAAGAGGCAGCUUGAAGGCCUCGGCAGCAUGAAAGGAGAAGACUUAAACCGGUCAGGGGUCAAAAGUAAAGAGCUCAGUGAAUUAACCAUUCGUCCAGGGGCGGCUUCUGAAAAAAGUUCCUUGCAGCACAAUGGCAAGGUCGGCAAAGGACGGGACCGAGAUGUGGAGUUUAAAAACGGCCACAACCUUUUCAUUUCUGCUGCUGCUGUAUCUUCUGGUGGCCUUCUCAAUGGCAAAAGCCUUUCCACUGGUGUCUCAUCUGCAGGCAACCCAGCACCUUCUGUUCAGACACACCAUCCUUUCUUAAACACAUUGACCACUGGAUCGCAGUUCCCCCUGGGUCCCAUGGCUUUGCAGGCAAACCUCAACUCGGUGACAAACUCCUCAGUAUUGCAGUCCUUAUUUAAUUCAAUGCCAGCUGCUGCCAGUCUGGUCCACGUGUCAUCAGCUGCAACCAGACUGACUAACUCUCAUGCUAUGGGGAACUUCUCUCCUGGGGUUACAGGUGGAACAGUUGGAGGUAUUUUUAACCAUGCGGUGCCUUCUGCCUCCUCUUCUCAUCAGUUUGGAGCCAGUUUCAGCAGCAGUGCUGUUUCUAGCAGCACAAUGCUGAGCUUAAACCCUCUGCAGGCUGUUGCCAGCACCUCAUCCUUCCAGCCCCCCUCCUCUAGCUUAGUAACAUCCAGUGAGAACAGAGCUGCCCAACACCUAAACAGAGCGCCAGUGCAGUCUGUUUUUCAUACCCCUCCUCCACCCCCUCCUAAUGUUUCAUUACCUCCUCCUCCUCCAUUACUCGCUUCUAACUCUGAGCCUGCGCUUCUGCAGAACUUGCCGUCCAUCCCAGCUAACGAUGCUUUUUUACCAUCCUCUUCUGCUGCUUCUGUCCAAUCUGCUAAUGCUUCUUUGUCUAUUAAGCUAGCUUCUCUUCAGCACAAAACUUCCCGUCCCUCCUUUACAGUCCAUCACCCACCUCUGCCCCGUUUGGCGCUGGCACAGACCGCGCCCAUGAUCCCGCAGUCCAACGCAACUGGCACGUCCGCUAUGUGGGUUACACUUGGCAUGCAGUCUCCUUAUGCUUCGCACCUUUCUGGGGUUAAGCCACGAUAAAGAGCUUGCUUAGCUAACCGUUCUUAUUUUGUAAGGUAACUAGGAUUUCUACCUCAACCCAAUGUGACCUAUGCAAGGACAACGUGGACCAACUUCACUCAGCUUCCACUGAAAGGUGCUCGCCUGGCCUGGCAGGGUUUCUACUCUCUUACUACUGGACAAAGUAAACAAACAAAAGACCUAAAUAACAGAGAAAAGAAUAUUCUACUGUGAAUCGGAGUUGAAAAAAAACUGCAAAGGAAAAUGCUUAAAAAAAGCUCCAGUUUGUAUUGUUGAUAGUUUAGAUAAAGUAUUUAUCUUUUUUUUUAAAUGAAAACAAUUUUGGCUUAUUUUAUUCCAUCUAAAGUCAUAAAAAAACACAACUCAUUGAAACCAUUCUCUGAAUAAUAAAGGACUGGCACACCA